CAUAUCUACAGCUAUGAAUUGCAUGAUUGGUUUACCAAAAUAAGGGUUAUUUAUAUAAAACAAUAUGCAAUAAAACAUUCAACGACCGCAUAGCGCAGUGGAUUAGCGCGUCUGACUUCGGAUCAGAAGGUCGUGGGUUCGACUCCCACUGUGGUCGCAAUUUUUUUUAAUUUUUGAGAUAUUUCCUUUGAGCUUUCUAGGAAAUUUGAAGCUAUAUAACUGAUUUUUUUUUGAGAAAAUUGGCAAUAUAGAACAACUAAACUAAAGUAUUGUACACUUAGAAUAAACAUUCACUAUCUUUUUUAUAUAAAAAUUCAUAUCAAUUUUUUUAGAAUGCAAAAAAAUCUAAAAAAAUAGUAUAUUUGAUGUAGAUAAGCAACUGCAUAUAAGAAAAAUAUAUUUGGAUUCAAAAAAUGUUUGAAUAGUAAUUUCAAAAAUGGAGUAAAAGUGUUUGAAAAUCAGAUCUACCAUUUACAGAGGUUUAUAAUAUAUAAUCUAACAAAGACAUUGUGAUCUACCAACCGUAGAAUGCGCAAUACACGGAAAACAUUAACAACUACUAGAGAAGAAUAUAAAAUCCUCAUUCCCUCUAUGCUCUACAUAACUGGUAGAUUUGAUGCGCUACAAAAAUUAAUUAAUCUACUAAGGUAGGAAAUGCAUUAUUCGAAUUGUCUUUUUGUCUACUUUGGUGGUAUACAAUAUUCUACCAGACCUUCUAAUUUCUAAACAAAUAGAAUGCAAAUUCUACCUAAUAAAAUUACAAAAUCCGAAAAUCUAGCCAAAAACGGGAACUCAAACGAACACUAAUCCCUUCUCUAUUGAGCUUUUUGAAAGAUAAAACAAAAUCAGGUAAAGAUUCAUGAACGUGGACAAGGUUGAUAAGCUCUGUUUGUAGCUUUGUAUCUCAAUAUAUUUAGUAUUCACUACUAAAACAGUAGUGUUUCUUUAUCUCAUCUAUAAGUAAUAAAAGGGAGAUAUCCUACUCAAUCAGACUGUCCACGUAGGCAAUUAUAAUCAACCAAUCAGAGAGUGUUUUUUUGCCAUGUCAAAUGUGUGUUGCUUACCUUGGGCCUCGACCGUGUUUUAAUAAAUCGGGACUGAUACGAAUGGGCCUCAAGCCCAUCAAACCAUACCAAGGCACAGACGGCGAUCAACCCAUUACUAGCUCUCCCAUUCGCAUUUCUCGAACCCUAAUAACCCAAAAAAAUUCUUCAUCCGAUUUUGCGAUUCUUCAAUCUUCAUCCCCUCUGACGAUUCUUUAUCCCUUUCCUCUGACUCUUCUUUGUUCCGUUUCACGAUCUAAACAAUCAAUACAUCCUCCACUCCCUUCUAUCUUUACUCUCAUUUAUGGAUUCGUUUUGCUUUUCCCCUUCGGAUUUUGUUUAUAAAGCUCUUAGUCCGCCUUUUCUACUUCGGAUUUUGUUUAUACAACUCCUGAUUCGAGUUUUAUUUCGAUUAAGAUUCUCUGCCAUGAGUUCCAACGGGAAAUCCACCUCCGAGAAACCAAAAGGCGUUGAGACUGACUCCUCUACCGGAUCGAUCAAUCUCAUUGGAACGCCAUAUGUCUCUUCCAGCAACACUGUUAGCGAACCCCACUCGAAGCAAGGUAAAGGCGAGGCGUCGGUCACUUCCGGUCUGACCAAACUCAGCGGCAAGACCUCUGUUUCUUCCGGUGUCUUGAUCGGCGUACCUAAAUCGAGAAACCCCAAUGGUAUGAAGAAUGGUGUCUCUUCAGGUGUUAGAGGGAAAGCCGUUGUCUCCUCUGGCGGCAAGGGAAAAGCCAUUGUCUCGGCCGAAGUGGUGGCUUUCAGAAGUGUGAAAUACGGAUCUCAUGAUGGCGAGCUGAGGUUUCGGUUGAUCCAUUUUUGGGAAGCUCGGAAUGUUGUGACAAAAGUGCUUAUAGGUCUCGAGAUGCUUCUUAUCGACGAAGAGGUAUAAACCGAGUUCUAUAUUACAAUUUAGUUUAUGAAUGAUGAUGAGGAGCAUUUUUUGUUCUAUUAUUUUGUUCUUUAGUGCAUUUAUAGUAAGUGUUUGUUUUGUUGAUGUUACCGUGAAAUAUGAUUUUGUUGUUGAUGCAUAUCUGAGAUCUCAUUUCUAGCAUUUCUGAUUAAUUUCUUUAAUUAUGAAACUGUCAUCCAGGGUUUCAUCCCAGCUGGGAGGAUAGACACUUAUUUGCCACACAUGAGGGCUGGUGGGAUUUACAGACUCAACACUUUUUACGGGUCUAACAACAAGACUUUGUAUCGUGUUGCGGAGUCAAGUUUCACCGUCACAUUCUCAACGACUUCUGUCCUCUCUGAUCUAGAUGACAGUUCGGUAUGUUUCCCUGAGGAUCGUUUUAGGUUCCAUGGAUAUGAGGAGUUCGAUGCUUCUUGCGACUUGAAAGGAGACCUUUAUGAUUAUAUUGGCCAUAUCAAGCUUGUGAAUGGGCAGGUUCUCGGUGACAAUCUCGUGCUAGAUGAUGCAGAUAUAGCUUCUUCGCGCAGAGUUAUGCUCCAUGUUCAAACACAUGAGUAAGCUACCCUGUAUUAUUUCGUAUUCAUGAGUUAUCUCUCUAUUUACACGUGAUUUUGUAUGUUAUAGCGGUCCGGUGAUGAAGUCGUACCUAUGGGACAAGGCUGCCUCUGAAUUUUGUGAGAGAUUCAAAGCAUCUGGGGUAGCUGCACGUGUUAUUUUAGUCACUACCUUGAACCCAAAGCGUCUUGGAGGUCUGUAUUACCUACUUUUUCUUUGAGUAGGAUGGCCUGUUAAUAUUAUAUGGAUAGGAUAGCUUUGAGUAGUAGAACUGCAUUUGGUAUAAAUUAGGCUUAUUGGCUAUGAGCAUCCGAUGGGCUCUGUUACAAUCUUCCAUCUCUAUUAUAACAAUGGUUCUGUUAUAGGUGCUCUGGCUCUAUCUUCCAUGGCGCCAUCACGUGUGUUUUUGGACACUGAUGUCCAAGCAACCCAAGAUUAUCUCAAUUGGUAAUCUUUCAUUUAUUUAUAAAUUGUUAAUCCUUAUUCCAUCAGUGUUUUUUUGAAGUUUGUUCGUUGGCUUCAGGAUGAACACGAAUCUAGAUGUUGCUAACAGAGUUAACGCAGACAUUGUCACUAAAACUGAAACAGUGACCAUAGGCGAGCUAUUUUCUUAUAUGAAGCAGGAAGAUGCGAAGGUUGUUCCGUACUAAUUGGUAACACAUCUAAUAUGAUUAUCUUAGUUGCUUAUUAAAUCGUUUAGCGUUUUGCAGGUUGCUUGGUUUGAGUGCAUAGCAACUAUUGGAGAUGUUGUGCACGGUUCGUCAUGGUAUUACAUCGGCUGUGGUGUGUGCCACACUAAGGCAACCAAAGGACCUACCAGCCUAAUGUGCAAGAAGUGUGGGAAAACCAGUAUUGUUGGUGUUGCACAGUACCUGACGAAGAUCUCCGUGUAUGAUAAUGAUGAUCAAGCGUCUUUUGUGCUUCUUGGUGAUGCUGUACAUGAGUUAUCUGGAAAGAAAGCUUCUGAAUUGGUUGAGGAUUAUUUCGAGGCCAACGAGGAUGUAGGAGGUGAUCACUUGGUUCCGGUACCUCAAGCUCUCAUCGAUACCAUUGGACAGACUCGCAAAUUCGUUGUGAAAGUGUCGAAACACAAUUUGACUGGUCAGACUCAAUCUUUGACUGUGACAAAGGUGCUGACUCUAGAAGUCCCGGAAGUUGAGGCCAAUUUGGAAGGAAAUGUGGCUGUACCAGACACACGUGAAACUUUGGAUAAGGAAGAUGCUGAUGACGAUCCUUCCACAUGCUUUGGAAAUGUGAAGAGGGCUGCUGAUAAGGUUGAGGCAGAGGAUCCCAAGCGAGCAAGGAGUGGCUAGGAUGUGUUAAAUGUUGGUUUUUAUGGUUACUAAAACUCUCUGCUUUGGUUUUUUUAAUUUCAUACUUUGAUUUUGCAUCUUUAAGUUUGUUGUCUGAACAUUGAAGUUUUGUUGGAUUUGAAUCUUUCACGAAUUUGGUUGUUUAAAUACAAAAUGUGUUCUAAAGUA